GAAGCGUUUGUCAGUCGCCCAGUCUCUCCCCGGGCCAGAAGGUGUCUGGCCGCUGCCGCAUCCGACUAGUCUGCCCUGAAGACACCCUCACUGUCUCCCGGUCCCAAAACUUCCUCCCCCCGGUGAUACCAGACCGCUAUUUUUUCAGCCAUGGCGACGAAUGCGAAGCGAAAGCAAGAGGAGACUCAUUUGAAGAUGCUCCGGGAGAUGACUAGCCUGCCCGCGAAUAGGAAAUGCUUCGACUGCGACCAGCGCGGCCCGACCUAUGUCAACAUGACAGUGGGCUCCUUCGUCUGUACCACCUGCUCUGGGAUCUUGCGAGGACUGAACCCCCCACACCGAGUAAAGUCCAUCUCUAUGACCACAUUCACACAUCAGGAAAUUGAGUUUCUACAGAAACACAGCAAUGAGGUCUGUAAACACAUCUGGUUGGGCCUCUAUGACGACAGGACAUUAGUUGUUCCAGAUUUCCGAGAACCACAGAAAGUAAAAGAGUUCCUUCAGGAAAAAUAUGAAAAGAAAAGAUGGUAUGUCCCUCCGGACCAGGCAAGAACAGUAGCAAGUGUCCAGGCCUCCGUGUCUGGCUCCUCAGCCAGCAGCACUGGUAGUACCCCAGAAGUCCAACCCCUCAAGACCCUGCAGCUCAACAAGACCCCACUGCGCCAGUCACCAGCGCUCAGUCGUUCCCAGGCUCACAGCGCCGCUCAGGAGAAGAAGUUUGACUUGCUCUCAGAACUGGGAGGAGACAUCUUUGCUGCUCCAUCCGCACAAACUUCCAGCUCCACCAACUUUGCCAACUUUGCACAUUUUCCAAGCCAGUCAGCACCUCAGGGUAACUCAGAUACCAACUUUGCCAACUUUGAGGCAUUUGGAAACACUACAAUUCCAUCCCACCUGAGCACGUCCCCCCCCUCAAAGUCCUUUUCAUCAGGGGGAGGUGUGCCAAUCCCAUCUAUGUCUCGUGCCAUCCCUGCCCAGUCCAACCAUAGAGAGGAUCGCUAUGCUGCUCUGGCUGAGUUGGACAACAAGCUCAGCUCCUCUGUUACUUCAGGCAGCAGUGUGCCGGGGAACAUAUUUGGUUCAUCGCCAGCCCAGAAUCCACCUGUGUUACCCAGCAUGCAGCCUGGCUUUGGAGCCGUCCCAUCCACAAAUCCCUUUGUUGCUGCAGCUGUUGCUCCGGAGAUGGCCAUCAACCCUUUCCAGGCCAAUGGCAGAGCUCCAGCUGCAGCCUCGUUUGGCACUGGCUCUAUGAGCAUGCCCGCCGGCUUUGGGAACGCGUCUUCCUACUGCCUCCCGACCAGUUUCAGCGGAAACUUCCAGCAGCAAUUCCCCGGCCAGGCUCCCAUCCUUUACUCUCAACCUGGGGCCUACCACCCUCAGUCCAAUGGACCUGCAUUCCCAGUCUACGGUCAGAACAAGCCGUCCAUGACGCCCUUUGGGCAGCCCAUGGCUGGCCCUGGCAUGUCCAAUAACCCGUUCAUGGCUGGAGGCCCGGUUGGGUCAUUCCCUUCAGGGGGUUCAACCAACCCAUUCCUGUAGCACAACUCCCAGUCUUUCCCACCAGAGGGCAGCAUGCAGCACAUAUUCAACUCAUACCUUCUGUCAUGCAAUUAGUGGCAGUGCAUCUUUUUUUAAGAACUUGCAUUUCUUAUAUUAUUUUUUUCAUAAAAAAAAGUUUACAACACUAUGAAGGAACACAAAGGACUAUAUUGAAGACUAAGGGGCUGUUAUGGGGGGAAAUGUACGGUUUGGACUAUAUACAAUACAUUAUAUGCUUUUUAUUUUUUUUGUUUAUGACUGUAAGCUCUGUGCAUAUCAUUAUUUGUAAUCACAAUUAAGUACAUGUUAUGUAUAACAAAGGCUGAGUAUACACACACCUUGUGGAAACCCACUACAAACUAUCUACGUAGGUAAAAUCAUAUUAAGAUUAUCCUCUGGUUGUAAUCAAAUCCACGCUCUCUGGUUUGAAGCAACCAUGAUGAUGCAGGUAUGUCAUUUUCAAAAGGGAUUUAUUUUUGUUAUUUUAGCAUCAUUGUGCUUUUACUGGAACUAAAGUGCAAAACUGUCCUUUUAUUAACUUACAAGUUGCCUGUAACCCAAACCGUGUAUGGUUAAAUUAGAGUAAUAUCCCAAGCAGGUGGAUGGGAUACAGCAUUGAUCCUGGGCUAUUAGACAUCCUUUUAUUAUUAUUGCCAAUAUAUGUGAAAUAGUGGGGAAAAAAGGGUCGGGGCUUUUUUUACAAUUUGAAACCAGGGUCACCUCCUUGAAUAUGUAGCCAGCAUAGAUUUCAGAUUGUUUUAGGCCACCACCUAAAGGGACAGACAUGUCUACCAGAGCACAAAUGGUGGAAAGAGAAGAGAGUAUUUCUAUCUCCUGUUACCCCUCCUAAUCUAUAAAUAUUGGUAAAUUGUUAAAUAUUCUUUAAGUGACCUCUCUUCUGCUUUCAGAUAUACGCUAUAUGAUAUAAGAUAGGAAUAUGGUGAAGACAAAAGGAAAGACUUAAGAAAGCUUCAGGGUUGUGUGUGUGACCCAAAUUGGGUUGCGUCAAAAUAAGUGCAGUAGUUCUUCAAAUGGUUGUGGGUGACUUGUCCUCUUGACGGGGAUAUGCCAGGUUUACCAGACCCUGCCUAGUCAAAUAAGUGUCCAACAUUUUAAACAAAACAUUCAUGCAGGAUAACCACCUGGCUUGAUCUUAACUACGGUGCUGGAAGUAUCAAAGAGUUCAAACUGAGAGAAGAGAUCUCCGCACACUUAGAUCUAUGCAGAGUAUGCUUUGUGAAGUAUAAAGGGUCUCUUUAAACACAAUAUUUAUGAAAUGUUAGUUAUGUUGUAUUCACUACACUCCCUUGACAUCUGUCUUCUUAUUUGCUUUCUUAUUAAAAAGCUUAUGGAGUGAAGAGCAGGAUGAGGAGGAGUACAAAUCUUCUUUCAGUUUGCUUUAAAUUUAGGCAAGGGAAAAGGGAACAGAUUAAUUUAGGGAUUAUUACAUUACAGGAUCAGCCUGGGACUGAACCAGUGUCUCAUUUGUGCCACCAGUGACUAACAAUGAAUUUGACAAUGUGUUUCUUGUCUUGACAAGAAUAAGUAAGAAAAUGUGUACAUAUAUAAAUAUAUGUAUAAAUAAAUUAAAAGAUUUUUAACU